AUGUCCUCUCUCCCACCCGGCUCAGCGCCGGCGUCUAGCAUCAACUCACCCGUACACACGCCGACCAUCGCAUCAAACCCCAUGACGGACGCCCAAGCAAAAGCGUCGCCCGCGCCCAGCGUGCCGACCGCCGCCGAACGGUCCAAACGAAACAAAAAGGACAGUCGCAAAAAGCGCGAGGCCAAGGGGCUGGAUCCAGACGGCAGCGCUGCACCGCCCAAGAAGAAGGCUGUGGUAGCAGCUGCCUCGGGUCGUCCCUCUGCUCUUCUGUCCAUGCUCAGACCGCAGCUGCUAGCAGAACCCCGGAUUUCAGACAUGUAUCCUCCGCAGUCGAAACAGUUGAAUUUCUUGUAUCGAAAAGUGUCCAGCGUCUUAAACCAAGCGUGGGAUUUCCAUGAAGUCGCGGAAAAGCUCACCAACAAGAACGGCUUUCGAUAUAGCUAUGCCAUUUCUGACCCGAACUUCACCAAUAUCAAAUACCGACAAACAGACGUCGCCCCAUACCAUACUCGUUUUAGUUUUGAAGACUCCCCAGCCGCAAUCGCAUUCACAAAGGACGGGCUGGCGGUUGCAACAAGCGAUGCCUGGCACUCGGCCCGAGCAAAUGUCUGCGCACGCGAAGGCGCAUACUACUAUGAGGCACGCGUCAUUUCUGGUAUUGUCAAGGACUCUCAAUCAAAUACUGCCACCCCAUCAAGAGGCCAUGUCCGCCUUGGUUUCGCGCGGCGCGAAGCAGAGCUCGAUGUCAACGUGGGCGUGGAUUGCUACGGAUACGGCAUACGAGACGUAAACGGCGAAGUCAUUAAUCGGAUGCGCUGCGAGCAUUUUUUUGAAAAGGGCGAAAGCAUCAACGAGGGGGACGUCAUUGGCCUACUCAUUACCUUGCCGCCGCUGUCAUUGCACAAGCAAGUGGUUGAAGGGACUUACGAUCCCGAGAAACAACAUUCUUCUUCCUCACCUCCAGUGCUCAACUUUAUCCGAGACCGAAUUCCCUUCCAUCUAAAAUCCGAUUUCUGCUGGCAGCAGUCUAAUAUCUACCCUUCCAAGCAACUGCGUGAUUACGCAUUCAACCUGAAAGAAACCCCUACAUUUGGCCCGCCUUCGCCUUCAAACGACGAGGACGCAUCUCUGCGCACACUACCGGGCUCGAGCAUCACAAUCUAUAAAAAUGGCGUUAAAAUGGGCACGCCGUUCAAAGACCUCUUUGCAUUUUUGCCGCCUGCUAGCCGCCUCACAAACGGCACUAAUAAUCUGGGCAUCGGCGAGCGAGAAAACGCGGACGACGGUAUGAUCGGCUAUUUCCCGACUGUCAGCUGCUACGGUGGUGGCGCUGUUGAAUGCAGAUUCGAGGCUCCCUGGUGGUUUGGUCCGCCGGUGUCGGUGUCGUCUUCGAUCGUGAAGAGCGAGGAAGAUGAAAGCGCUAAUUGCAACGACAACCCCAUCCCUGUUAAACCCUUUGGCGAGAGAUUCAAUGAUCAGAUUGUCGAGGACAUCGUCGCGGAUAUUGUCGAUGAUGUAGAAGCAAUGAUCCUCUGGGGCGGCGACAACAACAACAACAAUAACAACACUGCUGCAGCAAACCGAAACACCAGUACAAAACCCUUGCCUCCUGCGCAACAACAGCAACCCCCGGCUAUAUCCGUGAUUGACACCGAAUUCAGCACUUCUUCCUCUCCUAUCGUUGCUACUGCGAACGGUGGCGGUGCGGAUAUCGUUCAGCAGGGAAUUUCUGCGGUUUAUGAAGCUGCUGCUUCUAAUGAUAUAUCGACUAAUCCAACAACGGUGAUAGCAGGUAACAAUGGGAAUAAUAACAUGGAUGUCAGUCAAAAUGAAGUUAAUCAGCCGUCAACGGCGGAUGAUAAUACGAAUGAAGAUGUGGAAAUGACAACAUAG